AUUCGUUGAAAAAGUCACACGUUUGCCUUAAAGUUUCAUUAAUUUAUUGAUUAUUGUGCCGUUAUGGAGUACUCUAAAGAUGACAAUGAGGUUGUCAUAUCUGGGAUAUCAGGACGAUUCCCGCGAAGCUCUAAUGUUAAGGAAUUCGAACAUAACCUAUUCAAUAAAAAUGACAUGGUUGACGAUGAUGAUAGCCGCUGGGAGCACUUUAAUGAAGAAGUUCCACAUCAUUUUGGAAAGGUUCAGAAUUUAGAAAAAUUUGAUGCAGCAUUUUUCUCGAUACUCAGCAAACACGCAAAUUGGACAGAUCCUCAAAUUCGAAUUCUUCUUGAGCAUGCAUAUGAGGCUAUUCUUGAUGCUGGUGUGAGUCCGCAGUCCUUAGUUGGAAGUCGUACGGGAGUUUUCAUUGGCAAUUCAGAAACAGACGCUAAGGAUGUGUAUUGUUAUCAAAUUCCGACCAAAGAAGGAUAUGGAAUGGUUGGAAAUGCCGGAUUCUACCUUCCCAACCGAAUCUCAUAUGUAUUUGGACUCCAAGGACCUUCUUUAAGAGUUGACAGUGCCUGUUCGAGUGCUGCUUAUGCACUAAACUGUGCGUUCGAUGCUCUCAAUAAUGGAUCAUGUGAUGCAGCUCUAGUUGGCGGUGCAAAUCUAUUGAUGUCAUAUCUUACGACGAUAGAGUUCUGGAGAGGUAAAGUCCUUUCACCUGACGGACUGCAUCGGUCCUUUGACGAAAAUGCUGAUGGCUUCAUUCGAUCCGAAACAGUUGGAAUGAUUUUCCUUCAAAAACACAAAGAUGCCAAGCGAGUUUAUGCAACAGUUAUAAAUUCAUGUGUCAACAACGAUGGCUUUAAAGAUCAAGGUGCAUCAUUUCCGUCUAGAAUCAUGCAAGAGCAAUUAAUGCGAGAUUUAUAUAAAAAAUCAAAAGUAAGUCCAAAUGAAGUCAAAUUUGUUGAAGCACAUGCAACAGGCACAGUUGUUGGUGAUUGUGAGGAAAUAUCAGCAAUUGACGCUGUCUAUUGUGAGAAUCGAGUCGAGCCAUUAUUGGUUGGCUCAAUUAAAUCAAAUAUGGGACAUGCUGAAAGUGCUUCAGCUAUAGCCUCAAUUGCAAAAAUAAUUUUAGCAUUCGAAAGACGUCAAAUUCCACCAAAUAUAAAAUUAAAGUCAUUGAGGUCCGAUGUUGAGGCAUUCAAAGAAGGAAGAAUUAAAGUUGUGACAGAAGUUGAGGACUUACGUGGUGACUACAUUUCCAUGAACAAUUUUGGACUCGGCGGUGCAAAUUCCCAUAUUUUAUUGAAGAGAAAUGCAAAAGAAAAAUUCAAUAACGGAAUGCCGUCAGACAGUCUCGAGCGAUUGACAUUAUGGUCAGGUAGAACCGAAGAAGCUGUGAAUACCAUUUUUGAUGAAAUUACUCAACGUCCAUUAGACACAGAGUUUAUUGCAUUACUUCAAAAUUCACAAUCGCAAACGAAUUUGGGCAACAACAUUCGUGGCUAUGGAAUUUUUCAUCAAAAUGAGAAUACCAUUAAUGCUGAGUGCAUCCAGCGACAUACACAUAAUUUUAAUGGCAAUCGUCGACAAGUUGUGUGGAUUUAUAAUGGAAUUGGUAGUCAAUGGCCUGGCAUGGGUGCUGAUUUAAUGAAAAUUCCAAUUUUUGCCAAUUCCAUCAAUAAUUCAGCAAAAGUUUUGGCGACAAAGGGAGUUGACCUGAAAAGAAUUAUAACGACUUAUGAUGAUGAUAUUUUUAGUAAUGUCCUCAAUUCAUACGUUGGAAUUGUCGCAAUCGAAAUCGCCUUUACAGACGUACUUAAAGCAAUUGGCAUAAAACCCGAUUUUAUAGUUGGACAUUCUCUUGGUGAAAUUGCAUGUGCUUAUGCUGAUGGCUGUUUUACAGCUGAAGAGACAAUUCUCGUUGCUUAUGAACGCGGUCAGUCGAGCAUUGAUUCUGACAAUAUUGAUGGUGCAAUGGCUGCUGUUGGAAUGGGAUAUCAAGAGAUGUUAAAAGUUCUUCCAAAAGACAUUGACAUUGCAUGCCAUAAUAGUGCAGAUUCAACGACAAUUACUGGACCUGCUGUUAGUAUAAAUAAUUUUGCUAACGAAUUGGAGCAGCAAGGAAUUUUUGUGAGAAAAGUCAAAAGUUCUGGUGUUGCACUUCAUAGUCGAUACCUUGAUGACUUUGCUAAGAAAUUCAAGUCAAAGCUGAAUGUUCUAUUGACAAGUCCAAAGAAGAGGUCUGAAAAGUGGCUCAGCACAUGCUACCCCAAAGUUCUAUGGAAUGACAUUGAGUCUCAAUACUCAUCACCAGUUUAUCAUGUCAAAAAUCUAACAGACACAGUCUUAUUCCAAGAAGUCAUCGAAAUGCUUCCAAAUGAAGUCAUUACAAUAGAAAUUGGACCGUCUGCACUUCUAAAAUCAAUUUUGAAGCGCUCACAAAAAGAUGCGACACAUGUGAGUCUUACACAACGUGAUAACGACAAUGUCACGAACUUCCUACUCAAUUCUCUAGGAAAUCUAUUCGAAAAUGGUAUUGACAUGGAAAUCGCAAACAUUUAUCCAAAAAUAAACUAUCCAGUCUCACGCGGUACACCAAUGAUAUCACCGCUCAUAAAAUGGAAUCAUAAAGAUAAUUUUACAGUACCAAUAAUGGAAAGAAAUCAGUAUUAUCAACGACGUAAUGUUGUAAUAAAUUUAAAUGAUAAAAAUUAUAGUUUCAUACAAGAUCAUAUAAUUGACGGUCGUAUCCUCAUACCCGGUACGCUCUUAGUUUAUCUUGUAUGGGAGUCAUUUAAUUUAAUGUUCGGUAAUCUCAAGACACGAAUGAAAAUUUUAUUUGAGGAUGUUAAAUUAACGAGAAUAACAUUUUUGGAGAGGAAUCAAGACAUAUUAUUAUGUAUUUGUAUUAAUAGAGGCUCCGGAUACUUUGAAGUGACUGAGAAGUCAACAAUUUUGGCGCAAGGUUUCAUAAAGAAAUUGACGGAAUUUAAUUCAAUCAAUUUGCCGUUAAUCGAGAGAGAAAAUUCUGUGGAGCUGAUGGAGUCUGACUUUUAUAAGGAAAUGAGGUUGCGUGGUUAUCAUCAUCAAGGAAUAUUUCGAGGCGUUAAAGAAGUUCGUGAUGAUGGUUUGUGGGGGAAAGUUCAAUGGAAUAAUAAUUGGUGUACAUUCCUUGAUGCAUUACUGCAAAUUUUUAUUCUGAUGGACGAUACAAGAGCUCUCGUUUUGCCAACAUAUUUUGGUAAAAUUCUCAUUGAUCCUGACAAGCAUUUCGAGCUGAUUAAAGGAAUGGAAAGUGAAGAAAAAGUUUUCGAAUUUCUCGGCGAUAAAGCCUCAAAAACCAUCACAAUUGGAGGCGUUGAAAUUCAUAAUUUUGAUGGAAGUGAAAUUUCAAGACGUCGCGAAGCAGCAAAGCCCGUCCUUGAGACUCAUAAAUUCAUCUCGAAUUUCUCUCAGUCAAUUUUCUCGAAACGUGAUGCUGCUAAAAUUUGCACUCAAUUGCUGCUUGAAAAAAAUUUAUCAACAAGCUUAAAAUGUGUUGAGGUCAAUGAGGAUGAUCAAGAAGACUUUUUCAGCUUGUAUAUUUAUGAAGCACUUAAAGAUAUUCCGGCUAUGAAGUUCAAUGUGACCCUCUUGACACAGCAACAAGUUGAUGUAGAAAAUAUUGAAGUUGAUGAUAAGGAAAUUUCUAAUUUUAAUGACUUGGAUGUGAUUGUCAGGAAGAAUUGUGUUGGUGAUGUAAAGUUUAUGGAAACUGUCAAGUCAUGCUUGAAAAAUGAUGGAUUUUUGAUAGCUGAGGAGCUUAAGAAACUCGAGAAUGAGCACAAAAAUUUCAAUGGCUUUAAAAUCAUCGCUAGAUAUCCAACAGAAUCAUCAUUCAUCUACAUCCUUCAAGAAAUCAAGUCUUACAAAUUCGAUUCACCAAAAGUCAUCAAAAUAACCACAAAACUUAAUGAAUGGCUUGAACCUUUACAGACAGCACUAAAAGAAAAUUCACAAGUCAUUGCAUAUUCCCAAAAAGACAACAUUUCAGGCAUCCUCGGCCUCAUAAAUUGCAUACGUAGAGAACAAAUUGGAAAGAAUUUAAGAUGCGUCUUUAUUGACGACGACAGAGCACCUAAAUUUAGUCUAGACAAUUCAUUUUAUCGCUUACAAUUGGAACUUGGGUUUGCUGUUAAUAUUUUAAGAAAUGGAAAUUGGGGAACAUUUAAGCACUUAGAUUUAGUUAAUGAUGUUGAGGAGAAGCCACAACUCAAUGAUUGUUAUGUAAAAUGUCUAUCAAAAGGAGAUUUGAGUUCAUUGUCAUGGAUACAGGGUUCAAUUAUGACUGACAAUCCAAAAUCAGUCCGAGUCCAUUAUGCUACAUUAAAUUUUAAGGAUCUUAUGCUUGCACUCGGCCAAAUCACACCGAACAUUGAAUACACCAGAAUUGAAGAGCAGAAAAUUUUAGGAAUUGAUUGGUCAGGCAUGACAAGUGAUGGAAAGAGAGUUUUUGGAGCAAGUACAUUUGGUGGAUUAGGCGCUUAUAUUGAUCAUGAUAAGAGAUGUCAUUGGGAAGUUCCAGAGAAUUGGACAUUAGAAGAAGCAGCAACAGUCCCAAUUGUAUAUUUGACUGCUUACCUUGCAUUCUUUGAACAUGCCAAAAUAGAAGCUGGAAAUUCAGUUUUAAUUCAUUCCGGAGCCGGUGGAGUGGGACAAGCUGCAAUUCAAGUUGCAUUCGCUUAUGGACUUGAAGUUUUUACAACUGUCAGUUCCGAUAAGAAGAACGAAUUUUUAUUGAAUAAAUUUCCUCAGUUGAAGCCAGAGUUCAUUGGAAAUUCCAGAGACACAUCAUUCGAACGAAUGAUUAUGACACGAACAAGAGGUAAAGGAGUCGAUUAUGUCCUCAACUCACUCUCGGGAGAUAAGCUUCAAGCAUCAAUCAAAUGUCUUGCCAAGCAUGGAAUUUUCCUUGAAAUUGGAAAAUAUGACAUGGUGAAUCGUACGAAAAUCGAUAUGAGAUGCUUUGCGAAGGACAUUGGAUUCCGAUCGAUGUUUGUUGAGAAUCUUUUCAUCACACAAGUCGGGAAGAGAAUCUACGAUAAAAUGGCAGAGGACAUAAAGAAAGGAAUAAUCAAACCAAUUGACUAUAAAGUGUUCAAUGCAAAUGAGAUUGAGGAUGCUUUUAGAUUCUUGACAGCUGGAAAGCAUAUUGGAAAAGUGCUUGUGAAAGUUCGUGAAAAUGAGAAUUGUAUUGAGACAUUGCCGAUCAAAUGUAUUCCCACAAUUCAUUGCUAUGAAAAUGAAUCAUGCAUUAUUGUCGGUGGACUAGGUGGAUUUGGAUUAGAAUUGGCAGAUUUAUUAGUGCUGAGGGGCUGUAAAAAUCUGGUGUUGAGUUCUAGUAGAGGAAUUGUUAAUAGUUAUCAGGCAUAUAGAAUCAGAACAUGGGAGUCAUAUGGAUGCAAAAUUAUAAUUUCAACAUCCGACAUCAAAACCAAGCAAGGAUGUAAAGAGCUUAUAAAUCAAGCAACAAAUAUAGGCAUUGUCAGUGGAAUUUUCAAUCUCGCAGUAAACCUUCAUGAUGCACAAUUUGAGGAUCAAACAAUUGAUUCAUUUGAAAAGUCACUAGCACCGAAGGCAAUAGCAACGAAAUAUUUAGAUGAAUUAUCGCAAAUUCUAUGUCCAAAUUUGAGAUAUUUUGUAAUAUUUUCGAGCAUCUCAUGUGGCAGAGGCAAUGCUAGUCAAAGUAAUUAUGGAAUGUCCAAUUCAAUUAUGGAGAGGAUAAUUGAAAAGCGACAUAGGCAAGGAUUGCCAGCAAAGGCUAUUCAAUGGGGAGCAAUUGGUGUUGUUGGAAUCCUCGCUAACCUUCUAGAGAAGAAUGUCAAUCUAAAUAUUGGUGGAACAUUGCCGCAAACAAUAUCAUCGUGCCUUGAUGUAAUUGAUGCCUUGGUGACAUCCGACGAGCCAAUCGUAUCGAGCAUUAUUGUCGCAAAGAAUCAAUUUGGUGAUGGCAAAAAAGGCAAUUUUAUCGAGACGAUGCUGAAUAUUUUAGGAAUUAGUGAUAAAAAGUCAUUGUCCAUGGAUACGCCGCUUUCAAAACUCGGCAUUGAUUCUUUAAUUGCUGUUGAGAUUCAGCAAGUUUUGGAAAGGGAUUAUGACAUACUUUUUUCAGCACAAGAGUUGAGAUCUCUUACAUUACGUGAGCUUGAGAAGCGUGUUCAUACGAAAGGAAGUACAGCAGACAAUGUUAAGAAGGAAACUGUUGACACAGCAAAUUUAAUGAUAAGUCAACUGGGCGAUGAGUCGACAAAGGAUAAAAUUGUCAUAACAAUACCGUCAAGAGUCGAAGACAAGUCAGUUAAAGCAUUAAUAAUUCCCGGAUUUGAGGGAAUGUCGAAUGACAUGUUAAGCUCAAUCGCUAAAGAGCUUCAAUGUCCUGCUUAUAUUUUACAAUUGGGUAAAUCUUAUGAUGCGACUACACUACAAGAUAUUUUGAGCAUCAUAUGGAAUGACAUAAUCGACUUAUUUUCUGAAAAUGAGAAAUUUUUGGUCAUUGGAUAUUCGUUUGGAUCGUUAAUUGCAUUAAAAAUUGCAAACAUUUUGGAGUCGCUUGAUAAAACUGGAAAUUUAGUCAUGAUUGAUGGAUCGCCGCUGUUUGUGAAGCAAUUGGCUGAAAAUUUACUUUCGGAUGUGAUUCAGGACGAUGAAAAAAUUCGAGAAAAAAUUUCAAUCAUGUCAAUAAAGGCAUUGGAACCGACAAUGUCUGAAAAUGUUAUUAAAGAAAUUUUAAGUCUCGGCACAUUCAAGGAACAAUUUGAAAAGUUUAAGGACAUUUCAAACACAAAUUUCAAUUACAGCCAAAAUUACAUUCAAGAAUUCAAUGAAGGAAUGUUCAAUAGAUCAAAAAUAGCAUUGGAAGUAAAUGAAAAUUCAUUACCGUCUCUUCAUCGAACGCCAAUAAGCCUCUUAAAAUCUACGGAAAGCUCCUUAGUGAGCAUCAGCGAUGACUAUGAAUUGAAGAAGUUUUCAUCUCAAAAUAUUAAUGUGCUUAAGAUUGUAGGCAAUCAUCAGAGUAUGUUGGGUAAUUUGGAGCUAGUUGAAGUACUUAAUAAAAUUAUCUUAGACUUAAGGACGGUGGAAAAUGGGGGGUUAUAGAUUAUUUAUUUUUUUCAAUCUUGUUAAUGAUUAAAUGAAAUUUUCAAACCUUAGUUGAAUUUUUUGUAAUACUAAAUUAAACUUUUUUUGCAAUAUAAAAAUUAUCUUUUAUUAUUAAAUAACAAU